AUGCCCGUUCGCUUGUCAGCCCGCCCGAGGGGUAGCUCAACCAGGGCCUCAACCUCAAGAUCAAAAUUGGGUUGCAAAACCUGCAAGAUCCGGAGAGUCAAAUGCGGAGAAGAAAAGCCUAGCUGCCUCCGAUGCACCAGUACAGGCCGCAAGUGUGACUACGAAAGUGCAAGUUCUCGCACGACUUCUUUAUUCAUUCUUGAGAAUCCUCUUUCACUAUCACCAAACACAGUAUGGCGAGAACGCCGCGCUUUCGCCUACUACUUCCAAUACACCGCAACGUCGAUUGGUGGUGGAUUGGAUAUUGAUUUCUGGCGCACUAUUGUUCCACAGGUUUGUCGAAGUGAACCCGCGGUGUGGGAUGCCAUGAUCUCGAUAAGUUCACUAUUCGAAAGUCCUGAUCCAGGCCCGGAUCUUGUCCCUUUGCGCCGGGACUACCCCGACAGACUCAAUCAGAACCAACGAGAUGCUUUGAGUUGGUAUUCACGCUCAGUAUCCGCCGUUCGUCAAGGGAUUGAACGUGGUGGCGUCGGGGUAUUUACUGGACUGAUUACAUGUGUCUUGUUUAUCUGCGUUGAGGCCCUCCUAGGAGAUCUAGAGGAGUCAGUACAUCUCUUUAACCAAGGCGUACACCUCAUUCAAGCAAUACGAAGCCAAAUGGAUUGCGGGCCUUUAACAUCAACUGAAGCUUCAUUAUUGGAAGAGACAAUCGUUCCCAUAUUCGUCCGACUAGGAGCAGUCAGCCUCCACAACCUAGCGGAUCAAACGAGCAUAUUAUUACGAGAAACAGAAAGUGAAUCCACGCAGGAGGUCAACUUUGUCUCUCUCAGAUCGGCCCGGGAAGCCAUUGUUCUCCUAUCUGCAGAAAUCCAUAUGUUCGAACAGGUCUGCGAACAAGAGCUGGAGCAAUCACAUACCUGUCAUAUAUCUCAGACAUUGAUGACCCGACAAAGAACCCUCUCAGACAAGCUACAAAGCUGGCAUACUGCUUUUACAAAAUUGAUGACAUCUCUACGCACAAAUGACCAAAUCGGCACGUGUGCUCUUCUUCUCGCCUACUACGAAAUGUUAUUCGUCAUCCUCGGAGUUUGCGUGUCACCUUCGCGAAUCACAACCGACAUUUAUACCCCAAAUUUUCAAAACAUGAUUGAGCAAUCCAGCAUAGCCUUGAAAGGAUCAGCGCGAUUUGAUGGCAGCCAGCCGCCCUUUACCUUCGAGAUCAGCGUGGGUCUUCCACUGUUUUUUAUAUGCGUCAGGUGUCGCGACCCUUCAAUUCGACGUACAGCUCUAGCAAUGCUUCGUCGAGCGCAUCGGGUAUUGGGACUUCAUAACCGCGAUCAAGGGAUCGUGCUGAUCGAAGCAAUCGUGAUGAUAGAAGAGAAGAACGGGAAAUCAAUCGACCAAGCCCAGAGCACGAGCAGCCCUGUGACCGCAAAAGCAAAUGAUACGCCCGAACAUCAACCCGACAGUGGAGAUACUGCCAAACCGAGUGCUCCAUUCACCUUUCCGGUUGCAGGUCCAUACCCCACGCCUCCGGAACUUGAAACCAGGACAACGGAAGUGCUCGUCCCACAAGAGGCUCGCAUUAAACCACUUGGUGUCUUCCGGCCACGAGAUGGUUAUCCGCCUGGGAUGACGGAAGAGGAUUUAGAGGUGUGCAGUCAAAGAUAUGAUCAAUUAUUCUUCCGAUUCUCAUGGAACGAGUACAAUCAGAUUAGUAAUACGUGGAGGACGGUGUAUGGGUGUUUGCCCGUGGAUCCUUAA